AUGAAGGCACCUCCCGAGGGGCCAGCCAUGUUCUUCUCUGACGGCUCCACCUUGCUUCGAUCUAUGAAAGAUGAAAGUCUUCGUGCCACGUGGGCACCAUCGCUUAUCGACUCCGCACAACUCGCACGAGCUCAUUUCGAGAAGCAUCCUCCUAACAAUCUUCGGAAGUCUAAUUUCUUUCAUUUCGUUGUGGCUCUCUAUGAUCGAGCAAGUCAGCCAAUUGAGAUAGAACGAACACAGUUUGCUGGAUUCGUUGAGAAGGAUAGAGAAAUCGAUGGGCAGGAUACGAAAAAUGGAAUUCACUACAAGCUCUAUGUACUUUUCCAAAACGGGUUACGUGCAGAGCAGGAUUUAUUUGUAAGGCUAAUCGACAGUGUUUCCAAACAGGCAAUUACUUAUGAGGGUCAAGAUAAAAACCCGGAAAUGUGCCGAGUGCUCUUAACCCAUGAAGUAAUGUGCAGUAGAUGCUGUGAGAAAAAGAGUUGUGGAAAUAGAAACGAAACACCCAGCGAUCCCAUCAUCAUCGACAAGUACUUCUUAAAAUUCUUCCUGAAAUGCAAUCAAAAUUGUUUAAAAAACGCCGGAAAUCCACGCGAUAUGCGACGAUUCCAGGUUGUUCUCAGCACAACGGCAAGAAUUGAUGGUCCAUUGCUAGCAGUUUCUGAGAACAUGUUUGUUCACAAUAAUUCAAAACAUGGAAGACGAGUGAAGAGAGUGGAUGCGUCUGAUGAAUUUUCGGAAGUGUCAGAAAUAUCGGUAGGAUCAGCGCCAGUGAUCAAAGCGUUAUGUCCUAGCGAAGGAUGGAUUCAGGGUGGGACACAGGUGAUAGUUAUAGGUGAAAAUUUUUUUGAAGGUUUACAAAUUGCUUUUGGCUCGACCACCGUUUGGAGUGAGUUGGUACAAGUAAUUUCGCCACACGCCAUGAGAGUGACAAGCCCACCACGUCACAAUGCUGGCGUGGUUGAAGUUACUCUGCAGUACAAAAACAAGCAAUACAACAGAGGAGCGCCAGUGCGGUUUACAUACGCAUCGCUCACGGAACCCAGCAUCGACUUUGGGUUUCAGCGACUGCAGAAGCUUCUUCCGAAAUAUCCCGGAGAUCCAGAGAGGCUGCCAAAAGAAGUAAUUUUGAAAAGAGCAGCUGAACUCGCUGAAGCGCUUUAUAGCAGACUUAGUACAAAAAGUAUGAUAUACCAUAACAUGGAGAACUUUCCAGAAUACUCCAGUCGGGCUCACACAUCUCCGCGUUCCUUGCCUUACGGAAGCAAUCAAUCCCUUUCCUCAGCAGUUUAUCCAACUGGUUAUCCUGCAGUUAGUGCUAGCCCGGCAGCAAACUUUCUCAAUGCGCAAACAGGUUUUGCUCCAUUUGGUUCAGUGAAUCCAUUCGCAGCGACGUUGCAGUCGUCAACACGCUUGGCUUGA